AGUCCUCCUGAAUGCGCUGUCUGAAUGUGGGAGGAAAGGAGGAACUAGCUUUGGGGACACUGGGGAAUCCAUCAGACUGCCAUAAAGGAAGGGGAAAAGUGAGUGGAAGCAUCUUCACGUUGUACUGCCCUGAGAUUUUGCCAAGGCUUUUGGAGUGUCUUGGAGCUGAAGCCACCUGUUGGAAAUAGAAGGGAGGUCCACUGGAGUUGAACAAGUCCCUAAUCUCAAACGACAGCUGUCUCCAUCAGAAGUGAGAUGAUUGAAGAUAUAUAUGCUCACAAGAACACCAGGCGAAGAUGAGAAUAGAGAUUGGAGCAAUGAGUCUACAAGCCACGGGACACUGGGGAUUGCCAGCCAACUGCAUAAGCAAGAGGAGAGGCACAGGAAGGAACAUGAGGUUCCCUUGGAGAUCAUUCAAGAGGAAGAUGGAAGGAGCCAUUUAAAAUCGAAUUAAACUGCAGGCUGCAAGACUGGGGCCUGAGGGCUGGCAGUGGAAAACUCUGUUGGGCUGUGAUCUCUCACUGAAAAGUCCCACGUGCCUUUUUGCUUCCUGCAAAAGGAAGGAAGACAAGGAGGAGACCAUGUCUAUAGCCUUGAAGCAAGUGUUCAACAAGGACAAGACCUUCCGGCCCAAGAGGAAAUUUGAACCUGGCACGCAGAGGUUUGAGCUGCAUAAACGAGCUCAGGCAUCCCUCAACUCGGGCGUGGACCUGAGAGCAGCCGUGCAGUUACCCAGCGGGGAGGACCAGAAUGACUGGGUGGCUGUGCACGUGGUGGACUUCUUCAAUCGCAUCAACCUCAUCUACGGCACCAUCUGUGAGUUCUGCACUGAGCGGACCUGCCCCGUGAUGUCAGGGGGUCCCAAGUACGAGUAUCGGUGGCAGGACGACCUCAAGUAUAAGAAGCCAACUGCACUACCAGCUCCCCAGUACAUGAACCUGCUUAUGGAUUGGAUUGAAGUCCAGAUCAACAAUGAGGACAUAUUUCCGACAUGUGUUGGUGUUCCCUUCCCAAAGAACUUCCUUCAGAUCUGCAAGAAGAUCCUGUGCCGCCUGUUUCGGGUCUUCGUCCAUGUCUAUAUCCACCACUUUGACCGGGUCAUCGUGAUGGGGGCAGAGGCGCAUGUCAACACCUGCUACAAACACUUCUAUUACUUCGUCACAGAAAUGAACCUCAUAGACCGCAAAGAGCUAGAACCCUUGAAGGAGAUGACAGCGAGGAUGUGUCACUGACGUCCCACCUCAUCUGCCGGAAGAGAGGAACAGUUUCUCCCGGGAGUCCCCGUGGGACAGGAAGUGGCCCUCUCUGGCUGAAAUGGUCCUUGCUUCCAGGAGCAGGAAAGCUGGAGCCCCACAAGGACUUCCGAAAGAUGUCUCCUACCCACUACGUGUGCUCUUAACCCUCUAAGUGCUGCUAGCCAGGGCCCGUGGGCCAGGCAGACCACAGCCUGAAGGACCAGCCUUGACCCCUUAGGCUGAGGAUAGUGCAGGAGCGGCCACUACGCUUCCAACCACGUCACCCACGCCUGUGGCCUGCCCCCUAGGCGUCACUGGAAUUCAGGUUUUGAGACUGAGAGGUUUUCCCUUGUCCUUUUCACUUAUGUCUUAUCAGACUUCUUGACUAACGUCUCUGCCUUUGAUGUUUCUAAGAACCAAUCAAAUUUGGGGAAUACCAUAUAUAAUACCAUUUUCCUAUCCCACCUCUCCUUGAGUCCCUGCAGGCCCAGGUUCUGGGCCUGUGGCUUAACCUUGUACGGGGCUUGAAGCUGGGAGGGGCCCGCAGUUCUGUUGGCAGCAUCCAUGGCAUUUCCCUUACUGGCGGUUUCUCCAGGGACCAUCUGAUGGAGGACAUGAUCUGUGCCCCAGACAGGCCAUUCACAUGCUAACCCACCGGGAAGAGUCUGGAAAUAAACUGGUGUGUCACCAGUUUGCCCUGGUCAGUCCCUCAAAGAUAGACUUUCCCAUUUCUCACAAGAGAGAACUAAAGUCACAAAUGACCACUGGGGUCCUUGAGCCAGAUUUGCGCGGUGUUUGUUCUUUACUGAGGGGUAGUGAGUCCUGGCUGACCAGACAUUUUAUAAUGUUAGGAUUUCAGUGACAAGACAAGACUGUUGACAGUUGGUACUUGUAGAUCAAUACACUUGACCUGUAGCCUUCCCAGCAUGACCCCAGAGCUUCUGAACUCAGCCUACAUUUUCCCUCCUCCCAAGUCUCCCUUCUUCUAUUCCUGUUUUCCCUCCCCGUCCUCCCCGUUCCCUCUCCAUCUCUUCUUCAAUCUCUCUUCUCUCUCAUUUCCACUCUAUUGUCUACUCUGUGUGUGUGUGUGCACGUGUGUGUAUGUUUUUCUCUUGCCCACUGUCCUUCCAUCUCUUGUAUUCUAGGAAGACACAGAAUUGAUUUCUGUGCCGUAGGUGUGCUACAGUCGCUAAGGUGUUCCCCAAAGCCAAGGCGUUCCUUCCAGCCAUCAGAAUAAUUCUGUGUGAGCUCCUGCUUUUGGAAGCUUGAGGAAAUGAAAUGUUGCCUUCUCUGAUUCAUUCACAAAGCUGUGGUUCUGACAGCUUGACUAAGAAGUACUCAUACUUCCCAUGACGUUUGAUUUUUAAUAAAGUAUCUGUUGGUGGAGGGAAGUAGAUAUGAAUGUAUUCUUGCAGUUAAUGUAAUAACAGAAGAUGACUAAGCUAGUCUGAUGUUUGUUACUUAGUAGCUAUAAUAUGUUAAAGCCAUUUGUGACUGCCACAAAAUCCUAGAGAGCAUGGCAUCUCUGCCUAAUGAUGAAAAGGCUGACUAUAUGGAGCACAUAAUGGGACCAUGUUUAGGACAACCCUUACUUCCUGUCUCGCGGAUGCUGUCUUACGAAACCCAACACGGCUACGUCUUUUUGUUACUGACUUGCUCUGAUCUACAGGAACUUUUUAUUUUCUCCUGAAGUAACUUUUAGAGACCAAGAUAGGCCUAGAAGCAUAUUUGGCCAAGGGUCCAGAGAAACAAAGCCCUGACUUCCUGACCUGUGCAAUACAGAGUCACACAGUUCUUGGCUGUGCGGGAUGGGUGACAAUAAGAAAUGGCAGCCUUGGCCUUGAGGUCUGCUGCUUUGUACCUUGAACAACUAUAGGGCUCAUGCAGCCAGAAGUUGAAUAGGUGCCUGCAUUUUAGUAGUGCCUAGCCAAUGAGGAAGCCUGAUGCUAAAAACACUUGACAUUUAUUCCUGAUUAUUUUCUGUUAGUUGUUUGUGUAUGUGAAAUUUCUAUCCACCUUAAAAAAAUCCAAUUUUUUUAACUUCUUAGAAUGGCUUUCUCUGGCUUGUAUUGUUAAUUGCACUAGUCCACUCCUGGAGGAAAGUCUAGCCAAUUGCUCUGCUUUUUAGAAGGAUGAGGUGUUCAUAUUUCUACAAAACUUUGUUUGGCAGAUUCUAAAGAAAAAUCUUCUUGGGCUGUUUCGAAGCCUUUGGCCUAACCUUAUCCUCCAUAUGUCUGUAUUGUGAACAGACAAUCCCUGCAGCCCCUGGGACAGCGUCAGGCCGGUUUCUGUCUUUUAACCUUCUUCUUCCUGCUUUUCUACAUUUGUUUUAACUUCGGGAAAGUUCACAGUUGAAAGAUUGCCAGCAUCCUACCCUUUAAGUGUUGCAAGUGUUAGCAUGUCACCUCGUUUCUCUCUCCCCAUAAAUGCGCUCAUUUCCGAGCCAUCAGAAAACCAAGUUACAGUCAUCAUAAAGCUUUGAAAUACUCUGUCACCCCCUCCUGGUAGUAAUGAGGACAUUAUCCUAUCCAUCUUCAGCGGCAUCAGCUCCAAGAGCCUGAAAUGGAUAUUCAAAUUCUGCCUCAGAAGAUUCUUUGUCGUUGAUUUUCCUUUAAAAAAAAUCUAGGAUGUAAUCAAGAACUACACAUUGUAUCUAAUGUCACUGUCUUCAUUUCCAUUGAUAGAUGAUCACUUCCUCUGUGUGUUUGGGUGUGGGUGUGAGUGUGUGUGUGUGUGUGUGUGGUCUGUCGUUAGUAAUGUGACUGGCAUUCCUGAAGAACCUAAGCUGGUUUGUUUAUGGGGUGUGCCCAUAUUCUGGAGGAUUCUGCUCAUUUCCUCUGUGUGUGUGUGUGUGUGUGUGUGUGUGUGUGUGUGUGCGCGCGCGCGCGUGUGUGUGUAUGUGUGUGUGGUCUGUCUUUAGUAAUGUGACUGGCAUUCCUGAAGAACCUAAGCUGGUUUGUUUAUGGGGUGUGCCCAUAUUCUGGAGGAUUGUCUUCUUUCGUUUCUUCUUUGUGAGAUGAGGGUGACACGCAGAGGGUGACACGCAGUGUUCACAGUGAUGAGGCACCCUCCUUGCAUCGUGUUACAAAAUGUGAAUGUCCAAUCGAAGACCAAUCAGUGGGCUCAAGGUUAUCUGCCUGGACCAAUCAAGUUGCAUAAUUCGUCAUUAAACUCUGGGAUUCAAUACACGCACCAUUUAUAGAAUAUGAAGUUCAACAUGUCUACUUCACUUCUUAGUGUUAUCAGAGGUCCCCAGUCCCCAGUAUUAAAUCCCUUGCUGUGGAAGAUGCAGACGUGUAAAAGGAGUCGGACCUUUCCAUUUAAGAUGGAAAGGAGCAGGAAUUUUUCAUUUGCAGACAAUACAUAAGAAUGCUGAUUCAUGGACAUGUGAUGAUCCUCCAGCCAGAGGCAAAGUGCAUGUGUGUAUGUGCAUGUGUGCAUGCGUGUGUGUGUGUUUGUGUGUGUGUGUGUGUGUGUGUUUUCUUUAGUUUACUUGUUGAGCUCAACUCAUGUAUUAUGAGACAGUGUCUCUUUACAUAGUCCUGACCGUCCUGAAACUCACUAUGUAGAUCAGGCUGACCUUGAACUCACAGACAUUAUCCUGCCUCUGCUUCCUGAGUGCUAGGAUUAAAGGUGUGCGCCACCACAUCCAACUGCUCAUAUGAUCUUCUUGAGGGUGAGGUGACUACUAAUUAUUUGGGGGAGGCAAACAUCUUAAUUUUCACAGCUAAUUUUUUUUUUUUAGAUUUUGAUAAUUUUAAAUAAACAACAGAUCCACAAGUCUGGCACACUCUGAGGUCACAAGCCUUACAUUUUUGUCCUAAUAGAUACUGAUAUCAACCAUCUAGUGAUAUAUCUUCAAUUUGCCCUCUGGGGUAGCGGUUUAAACUGGGGAUGCACUGAAGAAACAGAACCUUAGUUCUUCCAUUUCUGUCCCCCAGAUGACCAUCAAGCCCCUCAUCCAGGCCUCCUUUGCCUCUGACUUCCUUUUGUGUUCAGCCAAAUCGUGGCAGCAGGACCAACACUCUUCCUAAAUCUAGACUAAAUUGCGGAUCUAGAUUCUUUUUCUGCUUCUUGGGCUGUUGAUCUUCUCUUCCUUGAAUGCUUAUUUCUUUCCUCGGAGUUAGGAUGAAUGGAAGGAACUCCAGAGAUCCCUAAUUUAUCCUUCCUAUUCCCCAACGAUGCCGCAGCAUUCCAGGUAGACCCCGUUCUCCUUUUACCGUUAUCCAGGCAUAGAAGGUCUACAGAACCCUCUGUAUGACCCGCAUGACUUCACAGCCGUGGAAACCUUCCAUCCAAGCGGAGCCAGCUAGUCCCUUUGAGCUCCAGCCUGUCUCGCCCUCUUCAUUCAGGAAGGUCCGGGGACGGUAAAGCAGCAUCAGUAAAUGCUAAGUGAUGAGAGUUUCGUUUGCACGGUCAUGAAAUGUCCGAAGACCAGUGGUCCUUCAGCCUGCCUUCUCAGUCGACGCAGUUGUGGCUCCUCUCAGGUGCUUUGCCAUUCUCCCAUUAAGAACUAAGCUAGAAGCCCCUCCAAAGCUCUCCCUCUGUCUGUGUUAUAGACACCGCACACUGUGAAUCUGAUAAGCAAUUAUCUCAUGCCUUCUCCAGGCCCUGCUGUGUUUUCCCUAGACUUGGCUAUAAGAGAAAUCUUUGGGUUUUCUUACCUAUUUCAGUUGACCAUAUGAAACUCUUAACUAGGUUAUGUUGAGCAAUUCCAAGUUUCCUUUCUCCCUGCUUUUAAUAUCCUUCAUCAUAACACACUGGAUUUGGUUGAAAUUUUCCUUAGCUCUAAAACAUUAAGGGAUUUGAUUUAUGCCAGUCCACGCUUAGUCAGUCCAUGGUCACGGGUGAAAGCAUAUCAUUUUCCAUAAUCCCUCAGCAUGAGGAAAAGAAUACAGCGUGUCUUCAGGAAAUGGCAAAGACAUCAUUUGGGUAAUAUUGUCAUUCUGGUUUUCAUUAUUUUGGUUUUGAAGAAACUAGUAAUUCCUGUCUAGAACUAGCCAAACAAAGUAUAUUUUGGAAGUAAUGAUUUCUUCCUGGUUUUAAUAAUGUUUAGCAGAAAAAAUUAUAACAAGCUAUUUUCCUCUGGGCAAUAUUAAAUAUGGGUAAAAAAUUUUUAAUAUGUAAAAAAAAUUGUGUAACGUAGAAGAUGGAUGGUUUUUAAUGAAGUGAACUAUUUUACUAGCUUCUAGUAUUCUGCUUUCAAAGUUUUCCUGCCUCUUUUUUAAGUACAUCUGAAAAAUGUUAACUAUAUUUCCAUUUCAUUUAUGAUUCAGCUAAGGAUUUGACUGUAAGAAAGCAGGCUAAUAUAAUUAAAUCAAUUAGAAGAGCUAGGUAUAUCUAAAGAAUAUUUAUGAAAUAAAUUUCUGUGUGAGCUUAAGGAUUCAAAUGUCAUGAAUAAAAGCUACAUAGCCA